CUUCAACCGCAAAGUGUUCAAGGCUGUGCCAGUUUGAAGUGCAAACCUUUGCGCAUCUCACAAGCGACGACUAGUAGUAUUGCCAUCGACAGUUUGUGCAUCGCGGGUCAACUGCGACAUAUAUGCUCACGGGGUCAUGGGCUGGACCCGGUAGCGAGUGCCUGCGAUUGACGAUCUCUUUCCUGUACCUCACUUCGCUUGACGCGUCCUCUGAUCCACCCACUCGCAUUUUCGUUUUCGUACAAUCCGCCCAGUAUCUCCGCCAUGCCAGUGCAGACUGAUGGUAUUUUCUCGUUGCCUACCGAGCUCAUCAUCCAUAUAUUGGCUUGCCUCGACUAUAAGAGCAUCUUGCGCUGCAGAACGGUCUGCCAUCUAUUCGAUGAUCUAGUCAAAACUGCCGCGUUGUUGCAGUACAAAGUCGAUCUAGCUGUAGCAGGAAUGGAAGAUGGGCCUCCUAGCAUCGAGAGCCCAGCGGAGCGUCUUCAGUUGCUCAAGAAACACCAGGAGGCCUGGAGGUCCUUAAAUUUCAAGGAUGACAAAAUCAUACCCAUGCUCAAAGGCGAAGUAUGGGAGCUAUAUGGCGGUGUCCUGGCACAGGCGAGAAGUAGCAACACGCUUAGCUUCAGACAGUUGCCCUCCAUCAUGAGAGGGAUAGAGGAGAAGGAAUGGGUUGUCGAGGCCAUGGGUUUUGAAAUCCGAGACUUUACCAUGGACCCUUCUCAGGAUCUCCUUGUGGUCAUCCAAAAGCCCAGCCGCGACAGUGAAAGUAUCCAUGUGCAUCUCCGGGUACUUGCUACCGGUGCAUUUCACCCGGCUGCACCACAUCCAGCGACCCUAUCUCACUCGCCCCAAGGCGAUCAAUAUUCAUAUGAAAUCCAGGUAUCCUUAGAUUUCCUAGGCAUCUUGUUCGUCUGUGAAGAUCGUGUUCACCAUGAACUUGUGAUCUGGAAUUGGAAAACGGGCGCUCAUCAACUGUGGGUCACCGGAAGAGAUAUCAGAUCCUUCGCUUUCCUGUCAGAGCGUCAUGUCGUGCUCGGUCUUGCCUCAUUGCCAAUGCAUGAAGACGAACAUGAAGACGAAGUGGAAACAUUGAACGAACCUGAACUGCGUGUCAUUGAUAUCCUCCACGUGCCUGCAGGACAGGUUGAACUCAAGGAUGCACCAUUCAUAUGUUCUUUCCAUUACCCCAGGCUGUUACCAUUGGUCAUCCCACUUGCCUUUUCCAUCCGCUCGGAUCCAGCACCAGGGUGGAAGCCGCGCAAUGAUCUUCAAGUCCCCUUUUUCACCGCCCGAGAUAAUAGACUGCUCGUUAUGACGUUCUGGGUGGCAGAUCUCGAGCAGGUUCAUACCAUCGUGCUGUACGCUCUGUCGUCAAAUUUGAUGUCCUACGUCAACUCGUUGGAAGACGCAUCACGGCUGCACCUCCUCUGGGAUCAAUGGGGCCCUGAUAGCUCGCGCAUAAUGAAGGCUCCUGGUAGACAUUCGACAGUAUGGGUCUGCUACGUCUUUGGAACCAAGUUCAUAUCAUCCGAUCGGCAUAACGUGUUGACGGUAUACGACUUCAACCUGCUUCCUGCUAAACGGCAGGUCGCGAAGGGCUACUCGGAGUCGGAGGCCAUUAUCUAUCCUGCUAACGAGUCCUCCAGGAUCUCGGGUGGAGAUAUAUUCAGAUACGAUGUCACGUCCAGAUUGCCGUACUCCACACAGACGCUAAAACCGCCAUUGGCAAAAGGGCCGGGAGAUUUUGAAGCGGUGAUGUUGAGCGAGGAUAGCUUGAUCAUGUUGACUAGAACCUCAUCCUAUGGCCAGGACUUCCGACACCGAAACUACCGGAUCUUGACAUUCUGAACGAAGAGCUGCGGGCACAUCGCCAUCUUGUGUGAAUGAUGUAUGUGGUUUGGCGCGGUCUGCACUUGGGACGCCAGAGAUUGAUCAUCUUCUCAGUCGCACGCCUUUCCUGG